AUGGACGCCACCUGGUUAGAGAGCCAAAGGGAUCAGUUUUUAUCCCAACGCGAGAAAAGGUGGAGCAUGAACUCUCAAAGGCUCGAGGAAAUCGUGGCGCAGCUGAUGAAACCUAUCAGCACCGACGGCCGCCGGAGCUUCGAUACAGACCUAAGCGCGUUAUUGGAGGAGUACCUGACGGAGGCGGGGCUUCACGCGCUGGAAGCGGACGAGGCCGACGACUCGGCGGAAUUAGUGGCCCCCAACUUUACAGAGAUAGCGCUGCUGUUGCAGCAGUCGGCCACCAUCUAUGGGAUCAAAGUGGACUUCCUCUAUAGACACGUGCUCAGCGUCAGCGACUCGCUACUCAACGGCACACAAGAAUCAGCCAACGACAGCGUCGUACCAGAGGAACCCCAAACUCCCACGUCGAGCAGGCGCAAGCGCAAGGCUUCCAGCGCCACGGAGUUCGGGCGAGAUCGUGCUGGAGGCCAGCGCGGGCGCCACGCGCGAGUCGGAGGCGCCGCGGGCCGCCACGCCCACGCUGCCGCGCAUGUACCUGGAGCUGGAGCCGCGCGUGGCGGCACGAGGCGACGUGCCGCUCUUCGACUACGCCGCCGAGAGCAUCGGCCUGCUCUCCGAUUUUCAAGUCGCCUGGCGUCUGCACGUCAGUAUUUAGACACCGCCGCGUACGUCGCUCGGUCUCGGGGUCUCGGCUAA